UUCUUAACACUUGAUAUUUCAAAAAAGAACUCAGGUGGACACAGUUGAAAGAAAAAAAGAGGGAAGCCAAUCAGAUUGCUCCGUCUCUCUUUGGCCAAUGACAGGCGCCACAUUGUUGUCAAAUUUGUCUAAUGAAAACGUAGGAGCAACAAUAGAGAGAGGAGAGAGGGUUCUGUAUCCACUGACAAUCUCUGGAGGAAGUUAGUGUCUCAGGCUGUGGCGAGUAGCAACCUCAGCUCCUUCUGGACACUUUUAACUUUGAAUCGAGGAGGAAUGACCAUUUAUUUCUGCUCCCAUCCUUUUCGGAUUUAAGUCGUCUGUUUCUAGUCAUAUUUCUGCUUCUUCGGCUCUUGACUCGAACAGUUUCCAUUAGAGUUUCGGUCUCAAAUUUAGUCUGUUAGAAACCAUUUACUUCGACUGUUGUCCAGAGAUGUUAGGAACCACGGAUCAUAUCUGAUCAGCCCAAUAUUAGCAUUACUCAAAUAAAUCUUCAACUAAACGCCGUUUAAAGUUGUUUAAAGUUUCGUUGUAUUAGUGAGGGAUCGCGGGCAUGGAUCUGAGACCGGAGCUCCCCACAGUCUCCUCAGCCUCUCAAGUCCUUCCAGGAGCAGCAGCAGCAGCAGCAGCAGCAGCGGCCGCGGCUGCCUCCAUUCCGGUGUCCAUGGCUGGAAACUUGCUGCGCGGCCCUCCGCUCCUCCUGCGCGCCGCGGACAAGUACCCGCGCACACCCAAGUGUGCCCGCUGCAGGAACCAUGGUGUGGUCUCCGCGCUGAAAGGUCACAAGCGCUACUGCCGCUGGAAGGACUGUAUGUGUGCCAAAUGCACCUUGAUUGCAGAGAGGCAGCGGGUGAUGGCAGCGCAGGUUGCGCUGCGGCGACAGCAGGCUCAGGAGGAGAACGAAGCCCGGGAGCUUCAGCUGCUCUACGGGACGGCAGAGGGACUCGCCCUGGCUGCCGCGAACGGCAUCAUCCCACCGCGUCCAAAUUACGAGGUGUUUGGUUCUGUCAACAGCGAGAGCAACUCAGCAGAUUCAAGUAUCCAGAAGUAUGAGUUGUUCCCUAAAAACCAAGUGUCCGGGUCAACCAACCCGCAGCAAUCUGUGGGAAAAAUGGCGUCCACUGAGGGCGACUCGGCACUGAGUAUCUCGUCACCAGACGGCCGGCAUGGAGGAGGCUCAGGCUCCGAGAAUGGAGACAGUGAGUCUUUCAUCAACUCACCUGUAUCCAAGCCUUUAAAAGACGGAGAGGAAACUCCAGGGUCUGUUAGCUCCAUUGGCUCAGAUUCUGGUUCUGAAACCGACAAAGAUGAGCAGGAGCCAUCACCUUCCUCCGCGGCCUCUAGACACAUGAAUGCCAUCGACAUCCUGACCCGAGUCUUUCCCAGCCACAAGCGGAGCGUCCUGGAGCUCGUACUGCAGGGUUGUGGCAAAGACGUGGUGCAGGCCAUCGAGCAGAUCCUCAACAACAGCGGCUCUCAGGGCCCUAACAAGGCCGGGCCCGAUGAGACGUGGACAGCCGAGAGGAUGCUCCAAAAUGCGCAACAGCCUCCGCCGGCCUCCGCAAGCACAACCACUCCGACGAGGCCGAUGCUAGCCGGAGCAAUGUCGCUAAGUAACCGCUCUGCGUUUUCUCCACUUCAACCAAACGCCCCGCACUUCGGCGCAGACCCCGGCACCUAUCCGUUGGGCACCCACCUGGGACUCAACCCGCUGCGACUGGCCUACUCUGCACACAGCCGGGGACUGGCCUUCAUGACGCCUUACUCCGCCACCGGGCUCAUGCCCACCUUAGGCUUCAGACCCCCGAUGGACUAUGCAUUUAGCGACCUGAUAAGGGACAGGACAAUGUUACACAAGGAGCAAAGCUAUGCCAGCGGCCUUUACGGGCCUUUGGUCAACAACACGCCGGACAAACAAUGAGGCUGGUUGACUUAUCACUGAGAGACAUUACAUUGUGUUUGUAGCCGCAAGUGUUGUGUCUUUUUUAUUAUUUAGGCUACACACUACUGUAUAUAAUAGGAUUAUCUGGCUUAUAGUCAAAUGGUAUGGAAGCGGGAAAACUGAACUCACAUAUGUGUAACUUUAAGAAUAAUUUUAUAUGUUAGAUUACAAAGGUUUGGACAACUUUCCCCAUUUAUGAACUUCAUGAUCCCCACUACUAAAACUAUGUGAAUCCCAACAUAUUUAUUGGUUCCAAAUAAAUUACGAUCAAGAUGGGAAAGUAAAAAAAAAGCAGAAGAAAAACUCAGUACAUGUUUUUAUUGCAGAUUUUUAUGUAAACUCUGCACGAAGAAAUAAUUUAUCAGAGUUUUGACUUUUUAAACCCCGUCAAAUUUUACAGCUGGUUGAUUAAACAGAAGUGAAAGAGGAGAAGUUAAACGGAGCACAAGUUAUUAAAACAUGUAGCUGCUUGCUGUAAAACUAAUGAUGUGUAAAUGUCAUUCAUUUUUACUUAUGUAUCAUUUCAGUUAUCUCACUUCUUUCGUUUUUCCCUCUACCUGCCUGCAUUAUAAAUUGCGUUUGGUAAUAUGAAAAUGCUAAGCUAUAUUUUUCAUUUAUCCGUUUUUAGUCAGCUCAAAUAUUUUGUGGCAAAGUGCUGGACCAAGUCAGUUUCUCUUCAGAUGUUGCAAGCUGUGCCGUCACAUUGUAUGAAUA